ACCUCCCCUGCUGCUGUGCAGUGCGGGGGGGCCCCCCUCCUCCCCCCCCCCUAUUGGCUACUCUUAGGCCAGCCUCCCAUUUGAUCUCCCCACCUCAUUCCUGGCUUGUUGGAGGGGCCUUUUCCUUCCUCUGUCACUGCUGUUAAACAUGGCUACAAGCAAGGACAGGGCAGUUCUGCAAGCCAUCUUGAAUCCCAGUGCUCCUUUUGGGGAUAUCCUUGGGUUUGCCGAGGAAGAGGAGGCGGCAGCAGUUCAAGGGGAAGAAGGAGCUUUCACCUCAGAGCUACUGGAGCAAGUCAAAGAGCUGGAGCUACAGGGGGUUUUGGCAGCUGAAUCUGGAGAUGUGAACAGAGCCCUCGAGAAAUUCAGCCAGGCCAUUCAACUCCUUCCAGAGCGAGCCUCGUGCUACAACAAUCGUGCCCAGGCCUUCCGUCUCAAAGGGGACGUGGCAGGUGCCCUGCAGGACCUGGACACAGCCCUGCACCUCAGCAGGGGCACAGGCCAUGUGGCAUGCCAGUGCUUCGUGCAGCGAGGCCUCCUCAGUCUGCUGCAGGGGCACAAGGAUAAGGCCAGACUGGAUUUUGAGCAGGCAGCUGGCCUGGGUAGUGCCUUCGCUCGGCACCAGCUGGUCCUGAUGAACCCGUAUUCAGCACUCUGCAACCAGAUGCUUUCGGAGGUGAUGAGAAAGCUGCAGAACCCAGACAUCCAGGGAAGCAACUAGAGCCAGUCUUUCCAGGCAAGGGUCAGCUGGGAGUGUCCCGGGGAGAGGGUUGCCGAUAAAUCGCUCUGCUGGGCCAGGCCAAUAGGAUGCCCUCCACCUGGGCCAUCUCCAUUGGUGCACCCUAAGAAAUGGCUGAUGUUUAUGGGGAAGUUUGUCUUCCUCAGUGCCUGAGGCAUCUCAGUCCUUAGUGCAGACCAUAUUCUGUCAGACUAAGAUCUGUCACAGGCUGGUUCCUAGAUGAGACCCCCAGGCAAGAGUCAUGUGGCAGACACUUCCCAGGUGAUGGGCCCCUGUGUACAAACCAGACCAUGCCCCUUCCUUCCCAGAAGCUUUUGUUGUUUCUAGUAAAGCUCUAGAAUCUUAUGAGCGGAUCGGCUGUAUCAGAAUGGCACCCUGUUGUGGACAUGGCGCCCCUGUGGCUGUUCCUGAGACUUGCUGCUCCAGAGAAGAGCUGGCCGGACUUCAGCAAUGCUCUCCCCUAUCCCAAAUAAACUCUCUACUUUGACUGGUACUGGC